AUGGCGCUGGAAAAAGAGUUCAAGGAGCUGCUGUGGCAGACGCUGAUUGAACUCGGGGAGUUUGACUUCAAGACAUUCAAGUUCCACAUGCACCUGCCUGAAAGCGUACUUGAAAAUUCCGACCAGGUGGACAUUGUCAAUGAGCUGGAGAAGAAGCAUGGGAAGAACGCUCCGGAUGAGAUGAUAAAGAUUUUGAAAAAGAUCAAUAACUACAACUUGGCAGAGGAGCUGCAUAGUGGCAUGCUGGAAAUAAGUGGUACCAUCUUCUCCGUCGAUGAUGAUCAGAUUGCUAAAUUCAAGAAGGAGCUGCAAGACAACCUGCGGAGUCAAUACAUAAAUGCUCCCGAAGGCAACACUGAGCAUUGCAAGCAGCAGCGUUUGGAGGACGUCUACACGGAGCUCAACAUCACCCACGGGGCUGACGUGUGCCCCAACAAGCAGCACGAGGUCCUUCAGAUGGAAAUGUGCGCCGUGGCCAAGAAGUCCAUUCAACCAUGUGACAUCUUCAAAAGUGCCAGCGGGAAGCCGCAGCCUAUUCGCACACUGCUCACGGUGGGCUUUGCGGGAAUUGGAAAAACCUUUCUGGUGCAAAAAUUUAUAUUGGACUGGGCCAGCAGAAAUACUAACCAUGAUGUACACUUCAUAUUUCCCUUCACCUUCCGCGAGUUAAACAGGGAGAAAGGGAAAAGCUUUACUUUGGCCAGGCUGAUCCGAUACUGCAUCUGGGAAAGCAGGGACAUGAGCGAGGAGAUGCUGAACAUUAUCUUUGCCAGGCUUCAGACGUCUGGGAAGCGGGACUACGAAAGCAGCAGGAUCAAGAUUUUGUUUGUCCUGGACGGACUGGAUGAGUGCCGCUUCAAACUAAACUUGAGGACCCAAACUAAGGUGGACCUUAACGUGAACAAGGCCUACCCGGUGGAGGUGCUCCUGGCGCACCUCAUCAAGAGGACCCUGCUUCCCUGCACCCGUGUUUGGAUCACCACACGGCCUGCGACUGCCCACGAUAUCCCGCCUGACCUCAUCGACAGCAGAACAGAAGUGACGGGAUUCAGUGAUUCCCAGAGACUAGACUACUUCAGGAAAAGGUUCCCAAAUGAGGAGUAUGUCAUUAAGCACAUACAGAAAUCUCGAACCAUCUUCAUCAUGUGCCACUUGCCCAUCUUCUGCUGGCUCACCACCACAGUUCUUCAGGAUUAUUUGGACAAAGGCAAGGAGGAAGAGCUUCCCAAAACGCUGACCGAGAUGUACUCAGAAUUUGUGUUUCAGCACCUGAAAAAUUUCAUGGCAAGACAGACCAAGAAGAGCAUUGAUUAUUUUAAAGCGCUAGCAAAGUUGGCAUUUCAUCACACGAUGAAAAAGCGUCAGCUCUUCUACGAGAACGACCUCCAGGAGAGCGGCUUUGAUUACCGCCGAGCCGCGAAACACUGCGGUUUGUUUACCGAGGUGUUUAAGGAGGUACGUCCGUUAAGGAAAAAUAAGCAGGGCAAGAUGUUUCAGUUCAUUCAUCUGACCAUUCAGGAGUAUCUGGCCGCACUGCACGUGAUGAUAAGCCUCUUCCACGACAACAGGAACGUACUCGCCGAUUCGGAGCUCUCGCUAGGCUCUCUUUUCACGCUUUGUAAGCAGAAGCCAAUCACUCAAGUCCACGAGUUAGCUAUCCGCAAAGCUGCCGAGAGUGAGGGAAACUUGGACCUGUUCCUCCGCUUCCUCUUGGGCCUUUCCUUGCAGUGUAACCAGGACCUAGUGGGUGAACUGCUGAAGGCUCCUAAAGACUGCGGGCAAAGCAACUCUGACACAGUAAAGUUGAUCAAGGACAGAAUAGAGCAGAACACGCCAGAGAAAAACAUCAACUUGUUCUACUGCCUCAAUGAGCUGAAGGACGACUCGUUGCUGGAGCAGAUCCAGCGGAGUCUAAGUUCAGGAAGUCUGUCCCCAUGUAACAUGCCGGUGGCCAUGUGGUCAGCCCUGGCCUUCUUCCUAAUGACCUCAGACGAAGCCAUGAAUUCCUUUGACCUCAAACAGUACUCUGCAUCGGCACUAGGGCUCCAAAUGCUGAAAUCGGUGGUCAAGGCUUCUCAAAAAUCAUUGCUAGACCGAUGUAACCUGGAAAAACACAGCUGUCCCCUGCUGGCCUCUGUUCUCAGCUCUCCAUCCAACCUGAGACAUUUGAAUCUUAGCAACAACGACUUGACGGACGAAGGGGUCCAGAUUCUCUCAGCUGGACUGGCAAACAAACACUGCAUCUUACAAGUCCUCCGGCUAUCAGGCUGCCUGAUCACGAAGCGAGGCUGCGUUUCAUUGGCCGAGGCUCUCAAGUUAAACCCCAGCCAUCUUCAAGAGUUGGACCUGAGCUACAAUCACCCGGAAGAAGAAGGACACAGGGUCUUAAGAGAGAUCCAAAAGGAUCACGGCUCCAGCCUGAAGACUCUCAAUCUGGAAUACGGCGGUAAAGAUCGUUUGGUUCCCGGCAUCAAGAAAUAUUUGUUUCGACCCACCUUGGACCUCGACACGGCUCACAAGUGCCUGGAAAUGUCCGACUCCCGCAGAAAAGUGUCAGUGGUGCUGGCGGAACAGCCGUACUCUCUGAAUCCCAAGAGGUUCACCUGCUGGCGUCAAGUUCUUUGCAGCGACAGACUGAGCGGAUGCUGCUACUGGGAGGUAGACUUGGAGGGGAAGGUCUACGUUGCCGUGACCUACAAUGGAAUUCGGCGAAUCGGGGAGGGUGACGACGUGUGUCUGGGAGCCACCGAAGCCUCUUGGACGCUGCUGUGCGACGAUGACGGCACCUACUCGGUGAAACACCAGGACAGGAAGCUGAACCUGGAUCUCUGCCCCUCUAAGCUGUCUCGAAGGGUGGCCGUGUUUUUGGACCAUCCUGGUGGAGUGCUGUCCUUCCACGCAGUGACUUCGGAGGGUUUGAUACUUCUCCACACCUACCACGCCAACUUUACGGAGCCACUUUACCCAGCCUUCGGAUUUGGCUUUGACAAUGGAUUCGAUGGCUUUGGAGACUCCGUGUCCAUCUGUGGGGAAGACGUGACUGUAUUUACCCGCUUCUGA